GUUUUGUUUGGACUAACCUUACAAUUCACAAUCAGUUUUACUUCAUCCGCACUUCUGGAAAUAGAAAAAUGAUUUUUAUUACUACUGCAGCAUUUAGUAGAUAAAUAAAGAAACAAAGAUUUUGAACAUCAAAAAUGCUCUCAAUUAAACGAUUACCAACAUUAUGUGCAUCCAAAAUACAACAGAAACCAAACUUUUUGCUAAGAAACGGAGUUCUUGAAAGGCAUAUAAAUAAACAGUGCCAGAAUGAUUUAGUGAAUUUCUGUAGAUCUUUCUCCGCGUUGCACGUUUUGACGAGUAAAUCUAAACAUCCGCAACUUCGCCGUUUAAAUGCGGAAUACAAAGCAGUUUGUGCUUUACUCAAGAGAUCAAACCUACCAGCAAUCAAUUCUUUACUUUCUCACAAUAUCCGAGGAUUUCAUUCUACAUCAACAAAUAAUAGUGAACAAAAUAAACAGGAUGAUCAAAAAAAGGAUGAUAAAGAUAAAAAGAAAAAGAAUGAAGAAAUGUCAUCACUCAUGAUGAAGGCAGCCUUUUGGAUGAUUACAACAUGCUUUCUGAUAAUAAUGAGCUCUCUCAUUGUACCUGGAGGAGAUGGUGGUCACAACGAGAUGAUGCGCUACGUGUCAUGGAAUGAGUUUGUGUACUCCAUGCUGUCCAAAGGAGAGGUUGAGGAGCUCAUUGUACGACCCGAUUUGGAAGUGGUUACUAUCAUAUUACAUGAAGGUGCCAUCAUCAAGGGAAAACGGGCCAACCAUCGCGUUUUUCACAUGAACGUGGGCGACAUUCAGCGCUUUGAAGAGAAACUCCGGGACACAGAGAAGAAUUUGGGAGUCAAAGAAGGUGUUCGCGUGCUGUACGAUAGAAACGGCAGCGUGGCCGGCAAGGUGAUCACAACACUGCUGAUUGCUGCUAUCGUCCUGUCGUUCCUUUACUCCACGAAGUCCCUCAGAUCGAAUAUCAGUUUUGGAGGGUUUAAUCAAUUGGGUCGUGCUAAGUUCACUCUGGUGGACUCUAUGCGUGGCCCGGGCAAAGGAGUCAAGUUCGAAGAUGUGGCUGGUCUCAAGGAAGCAAAGAUUGAAGUCAUGGAGUUUGUCGACUAUCUGAAGAGGCCUGAACAUUAUAAGAGCUUGGGAGCUAAGGUGCCAAAAGGAGCUCUUUUACUAGGUCCGCCGGGCUGCGGCAAGACUUUGUUAGCCAAAGCAGUGGCUACCGAAGCGAACGUACCGUUCUUGUCUAUGAACGGCUCCGAGUUCAUUGAAAUGAUUGGGGGCCUUGGCGCUGCUAGAGUCAGGGACUUGUUCAAAGAGGCUCUCUCUCGAGCUCCCUGCAUCAUCUACAUAGACGAGAUGGAUGCAGUAGGGAGGGCCAGGUCUUCCGGGACAUCCUCCUUCGGCCCGGGGGGAGGGGAAGGCGAACAGACUCUCAACCAACUGCUGGUGGAAAUGGACGGCAUGAAGAGUCGUGAAGGCGUCGUGGUGUUAGCGUCUACUAAUAGGGCUGAUGUGCUUGAUAAGGCAUUACUACGUCCCGGUCGUUUCGAUCGUCACAUCCUGAUCGACCUGCCUACACUGUCGGAGCGAGAGGAAAUAUUCAACCGACAUCUGAAGAGCAUCGUCAUUGAGGAUCUGCCUGAUUUCUAUGUCAAAAGGCUAGCCUACUUAACCCCCGGGUUCAGUGGCGCAGACAUAGCGAACGUUUGCAACGAGGCAGCCUUGCACGCGGCGAGGCACAAACAGACAUUAGUGCGACACACUGACUUGGAGUAUGCUGUCGAAAGAGUCGUGGGCGGUACAGAAAAGCGUAGCCACGCGAUGUCCCCUUCAGAAAAGCGUAUAGUCGCAUAUCAUGAGGCCGGCCAUGCUUUGGCCGGGUGGUUGCUCGAACAUACGGACGCUUUGCUAAAGGUUACUAUAGUGCCACGAACUAAUAUGGCGCUUGGAUUCGCUCAGUACACAUCGUCUGAUCAGAAGCUUUAUAAUAAGGAGGAGUUGUUCGACCGCAUGUGUAUGGCGCUGGGCGGUCGUGCGGCCGAAGCCAUUACCUUCAACUCGAUCACCUCUGGCGCUCAGAAUGACCUCGAGAAAGUCACUAAGAUCGCUUAUGCUCAGGUUCAAACUUACGGUAUGUCAGACGCAGUGGGGCCGCUCUCGUUCCCUGACGUGAAGAGAUACGGCAAGAGUCCUUUCAGUAAGACAUUGAAGAACUUGAUCGAUCUCGAAGCGAGGAAACUCAUCGGUAAAGCGUAUUACAGGACCGAGAAGCUGCUUAAAGAUAAUAAUGACAAACUUAUCUUGUUGGCCGAAGAACUUUUGAAAAAGGAAACGCUAAACUUCCAAGAGGUGAAGAGCAUACUUGGACCCACGCCGUUCCCUCGUAAAAAGUUCAUUGACCCCGUGGAGUUUGAAAGUAACUUGAAGAACCUAGAAGCAGCCACGAAGGCCGAUAGCGAUAAUACGCCUCAGGGUGCUCCGUCAGCGAAGCCCCAGGGCCCCGUUUAACUGUAUAUAAACUAGAUUGUUAUAAGUUACACAAAUAAAUUAAAUCAUGUUAGUUAGAA